AUGGACGCCAACCUGUGCACCGAGCAAUGGCAGCGCACGAUCCUGAAGAAGAGCAGAUUGCUCAAGCAGACUCAAGAGCAUCAAAUCAAAGCCGACCUUGAACAAUGCUCCGGUCAGCUUCUCGCACCUCUGCUGAGCGAGAUCCACGCCUCGCUGCCAUUGGAGCUCCGUGAGAGUAUCUACGAGCAUGUCUUCGACACCGGCAAGCCAAUUAUCAUCCAGAGAACGGAAGCUGCCGGUAAACCGUUUACGAACGGAGAGAUACAACCUGGCGGCGCUGAAGCGAGCGACCAUGCGAUAGUCACGCGUGGCACCCUCAACCCAUUCGUACAGGACUUCUACUUCUCUGUCACUGUGAUGGGUACAGAAACCAGUACUGAAGUUCAAAACCUAGCGCUGCGAAAAAUGCCAUUCUACUUCCGCGGUUCAAAUGACGCGUUGUGCGUUAGAGACCUACUAGAUACCGAGAUCCGGCCGGGGGUAUACUUCCGUCAUCUCGUCCGCCAUCUACGUGUAUACCUUCGUACCGAUGCUUUCAAAGACGAAGCCAAGUACUUCGCACCGGGUGUGGUGACGACUCCAACAGCAGCCGAUUCAAAACAUGAAAUACUGGACGAAGCAUCCACGUAUGGGAUGUAUCUCGGUCGCCUAGAAGGCUUGGAGACGCUCAAAUAUGCGGAUCAUACUAUAAUGCUGGAACUUUGCGUCUUUGCUCCCGAAUGGAUCCCGCACCAACCCAGUGUUAAGCGCAAUCUGUACGAGAUGGUGGAACUAGUAUACCGCCAUGCAAGAGAUCGUGGCGCCAAUGUGAAAGUACGGUAUGAGACGCUCAGCACAGGAGCUGGAGAGGACUGGACGGAGUAUCUUGAAGUGCAUAGACGAGGCGUGGUGCAG